AUGGCAGCGCAGCCACCGCCGUCGUCGCGCACGGCAAGCGUUGGGCCUCCCAGCGCUGGUGGCAUGAAUGCGCCGUCCGCGACCACUCCAGGCGGGCAGGGAGGAGGGCAGACGCAGCAAAAUCUCAAUCAAAUUGUUCUUGAAUACCUUUCUAAGAAAGGAUACAGCCGAACGGAGGCUAUGCUCAGGAAAGAAAGCGAAAAGACCGAUGCAAACGGCAACCCGAUCGCAACGACAAUCGACGAGAUGGGCGGUAAGAAGUACGGCAGGGCAUUUGAGCUCACGCAGAACUGGAUCGACAACGUCCUCGACAUCUACAAGCCCGAGCUCAAACGCUUGUUAUGGCCUCUCUUCGUCUACUCAUUUCUUCAGUGCGUCACCGAGUUCUUCGCCCGGGAUGGAACAGAGUUCUUCCAGCGCUUCAGAGACCAGUUCGAGUCGGAGUUUGAGGACGAUUUGCGUGCACUAUCCGCCAUUUACGAACCAGAGCAUGUGCAGGAAAACGAGAUCGCACAGCUCUACCGCAACAACAAGUAUCGCCUGACUUUGAGCAACAUGGCCUUGGCGGCGCUUGUUACAUUCUUGGAGUCAAAGGACAACGAAGGCGGCUUGAUCGUGCAAAGCAUCAUUCAGAAUAACCUCUACGUUCGCGGGGUCGAUCGUGCCUCCCUUGGAGCCGAACGAAGUCUCGCCAAACUGCUUGCUCAGCGCGAUGGACCCCAAGAUGUUCCAGCAGAAGAUGAGGGAAUCCCCGGGCACAAUCCUGGCUCGGCAAACCUCGAUCCUAAGGCACCACAGGUGCUUUCGAAGCUUUCGCUCGGCCCUUUGCCGAUGGAAAGCGACUUGAUGGAGGAUGUAAAAGCCGAGCUACAAGAGCAUGACGCAGCGCACCCACCAGGCCCCGGUCAAAACACUCUGAUAGAGGAGUUCGAACAGUCAAUCAAGCGAGAACCUCUAGACGACGCAGCUCCACGUGAGGGCAUUCCAUUUCCACCAUCAACCGCACGAGAUGUCGCCAUGGAGGUGCAGAAGAUCAAAGAGAACAGGGACCGAUUCCGCAUUGAGGGCCGAUCGGGAGGAGUUGGACCUGGAGUCAGCGUCACGAUGUUCACUUUCCACAACACAUUCGACAGUGUCAACUGUAUUGAGUUCUCUGGCGACAACACACUCGUUGCCGUUGGAACAGCUGAGUCAUUCAUCCGAGUAUGGUCGCUGGAGAACCAGCCUCUCACAUCACCCACCGAUCCGCCGUCAUAUCAGCCUUCCACAUCGAGACGCUUAGUGGGCCAUGCCGGGCCUGUCUACGCUCUCUCAUUCUCGCCUUCUAUCUCAUUACCUGGACCAACUUCCAACGGCCACACCAACAACUCCAGCUCCUCACAAUCACAGCCCCGAUACCUGCUUUCUGGAUCUGCUGAUUCAACCAUCCGCCUCUGGUCAAUGGACACAUGGUCAAAUUUGGUGGUCUACCGAUCGCAUAACUCGCCAGUCUGGGAUGUGCGCUUCUGUCCUCAAGGUCACUACUUCACCUCUGCGAGCGCGGAUCGAACUGCACGGCUGUGGAGCACGCCUCAGAUUGCCCCUCUCCGACUAUUCGUCGGUCACGACUCCGAUGUGGAGACUGUUGCCUGGCAUCCCAACAACGCCUACGUCUUCACAGGCUCAGGCGGCGGCGAUCGCACGGUGCGCAUGUGGGACUUGCAACGAGGACAUUCAGUGCGACUUUUCACUGGACACACCGGCAAUGUCACUGCUAUUGCAUGUGCACCAAGCGGACAGGUGGUUGCAAGUGCAGAUGACAGGGGUGAGAUCAUUCUUUGGAACCUCACAACUGGACGUCUGGUCAAGCGCAUGCGUGGACACGGCCGAGGCGGCAUCUGGAGUCUGGACUGGUGCGUAGAGUCGACCGUGCUCGUAUCUGGCGGCGCAGACGGCACAGUCCGCGUAUGGGAUGUCCAACCAAACCAAGACAGCCAAGGCAAGAUCGUGGGAGAAGGUGGCGCGGGAACCAAAGUCGACGGUAAUGCCGUGGGUAGCGGGGCCGUGAGCAAGAACAAGGCGAAGAAGGACGUUGUGGUCUCGCCCGAUCAGAUCUCGGCGUUCCCAACGAAGAAAAGCCCGGUGUACAAGGUGCGGUUCACGCAGAUGAAUCUCAUUGUGGCGGGUGGUGCGUAUCUGCCUUGA